UCGAGUCGCGUGAGAUCUGUAACCGAGCGAGCCUUUGAGCUUUGGAUCUCUCUUCUCUUUCUUUUUUGUUUUCCUCCCCCUCUCCCCUCGACCCUCGUCCGCUCCCUCUGCGUCUACUUCACCAUGAGAAUCCGAAAACAUGCUAAGAUGGAUUCUCUGGCCUUCCCGCAAGCUCCACUAGAUUCGUGUGCUCGUGCGAGUCUGCAGACACAUGUGUGCGAGCUGAACCGGUCGCCUUGGGAUGUGAUGGCGUUUGCUCCCCAAUCCGACCUCUCUUAUCCAGACGAUUACCAGGCGGAAGGAGACGAUAGCGUAACCGGGAAUGGGAGCGGAGGAGAAUCCAUUGGUGCUGCAGAGAGCAGUCUUGCUUCGUUGAAGGUAAGUUGGGAAGAAGAGGAGGAAGAGGAACCGAAGUUUUCGUCGUCAACGGAGGUGGUGGUGAAUGCUGCAGAGAAGCGAGAAAGGAAAAUUGGGUUGAAGAAAGGGAGGGAGGGGUUCGUGAGCUGCAAUAAGACGGACGGGAAGGGGUGGCAGUGCAGGAGAGAGGCAAAAGAAGGGCACUCGUUGUGCGAGCAUCAUCUAAUGCAACUAAGGUCUUAUCACCAUAGCUAUAGCAACUCUUCCAGUCGGAAAUCUGAUAAAAGCGGGGCUGCUGGCGGAGUUCGUCGCCGGAAUCGAGGGAGAAUAUCUUCGUCUACGAAUCCGUUGGAGUUCUAUUACUACUCAGGGUUCGGGCCGUUAUGGGGUAAGAGGCGAGGAGGAGGAGGAGGAGGGGAUUCGACUAAGAGGAGAAACGCUGAAGCUGGGGCUGCUACGCAAACGACCUCGACCCCACCAUCGACAUCCGACAUUGAUCAAAACCGUCCAGUUGCUGCUGCCGUUGAUGAUGAUUAUAUCAUUAAUGAAAUCGAUAUAGAUAUGGUCGACGAGGAUGACGACGAUGAUAACGAUGACGGUGUUGGUCACGAAGGUGAGCCCGGAAGAAAGAGGGUUAGGAAGCCUGUGAAAGCUCGAUCGCUGAAGUCUCUUCUUUGAAAGAAUUGAUGGUUUUAAGAGAUCUCUCCCUCUAUAUAUCUAUCUAUCUAUAUAUAUUAUUAUAAGUUUAAACUGUUGUAGUUCGUCUCAAUUUGUUCAGCUUAUUUCAAUGACUCGAUAUGUUGUCGUUACCACGUGCCCCCAUGUUAUAUAUUUAGAUGGAAAAUUCAAAUCUGGCGGAAGCAAUUUUGGUCAUCA